UUACGCGUCCCAAUUGAACAUAUGGAUAAAAGAUGGGAUUAUAAAGGAAUUACUACAAUUAUGUAUCUCAUGGAGUAAUUAAUAUACAUUUGGUACCCAAAAGUAGAAUAACUCGAUUAUCCGUAGAAAUGGUGUUUGCGAAAUUGCGAUUCAUAGGUCAGAACUAACUGUCAAGAAUGUCGCUGAUUCCUCCUACACAACCUCGAUCCUUCUCCAAUGCUCAGAUACCGUUCAAUUCACCUUCCUCCUCUUCUCCUCUCUCGUCUCCACCGCCACAAAUCCUUGCACGGGUCCCUUCCCCUCCUAUGGAAGCGUCGCGACGAGUACAAGCUGACCCGACCGGAACUCAUCUCCCGGAUUUCUCGACUGCUUGUCCUUGGCCGUUACGACGCCAUCAGCAAUCUGGCUUUCGACUUUUCCGACGAUCUCUUGGAUUCUGUUCUCUGCAGUCUCCGUCUAAAUCCUGAAGCGUGUCUACACUUGUUCAAACUAGCAUCGAAGCAGCCAAAAUUUAGACCGAAUAUCAGAUGUUAUUGUAAAUUGGUUCAUAUAUUAUGUCGGGCUCGGAUGUAUGACGAAACGAGAGCGUAUUUGCGUGAACUGGUCGACUUGUGUAAGAAUAAUUACUCUAAUUUUUUCGUUUUGGAUGAGCUUUUUAAGUUUUACAAGGAGUUCUCGUUUUCGCUUACUGUUUUCGAUAUGUUAUUGAAGAUAUAUGCGGAGAAAGGCAUGACCAAGAAUGCAUUGCAAGUGUUUGACAAUAUGUGGAAGUAUAACCGCGUGCCCAGUUUACGGUCUUGUAAUACUUUAUUGAGUAAUUUGGUAAAAAACAACGAAAGUUACUCUGCUAUUCUUGUUUAUGAUCAGAUGUUCAGGGCAGGGAUUCUGCCGGAUUGUUUCACCUGUGCAAUUAUGGUAAAUGCGUACUGCAAGGAUGGGAGAGUGGAGAGAGCAGCAGAUUUUGUGAGAGAAAUGGAAAAUUCGGGGUUUGAAGUCAAUGUGGUAACCUACAAUAGUUUGCUUGAUGGGUAUGUUAACUUGGGAGACUUGGAGGCAGCACAACGGGUGUUGACAUUGAUGUUGGAAAGGGGGAUUUCAUGGACUAUGAGAACAUAUACUUUAUUAAUCAAGGGAUAUUGCAAACAACGGAGAAUGGAAGAAGCGGAGAAGGUGCUUCAGCGAAUGAAAGAGGAGGGGGAGGUUGGUGUGGACGAAUGUGCUUAUGGUGUUUUGGUAGAUGGAUACUGUAAAGUUGGUAAGAUGGAUCAUGCUAUAAGAAUUCAGGAAGGGAUGCUGAAGCUGGGAUUGAGGAUGAAUUUGUUUAUAUGCAAUUCACUUAUUAAUGGGUAUUGUCAGCUUGGUCAAAUAGUGCUAGCUCAAAAGGUGUUUACCCAACUGGGGAAAUGGAAGUUAAAGCCUGACGCUUAUAGUUAUAAUACUCUGCUGAAUGGAUAUUGUAGGGCAGGUAAUACAAGCAAAGGUUUCAUGCUUUGUGACGAGAUGCUUCAGAGAGGAAUUGAAGCAAGUGUUGUAACUUAUAAUACUCUUCUCCAUGGUUUAUGUAGUGCAGGUUCCUUCAAUGAUGCUUUGCAACUUUGGCAUUUGAUGUUAAAAAGAGGUGUCUCUCCUAAUGAGGUUAGUUCUUGCACCCUGCUAGAUGGUCUUUUUAGAAUGGGAGAUCUUGAUGGGGCUUUAGCCUUAUGGAACAAUAUUCUGGCUAGAGGGUUCACCAAAAGCAAAAUUUCUUUCAAUACAAUGAUCAAUGGAUUUUGUAAGAUAGGGAGAGUGGUAGAAGCAGAAGAGGUUUUUAACAAAAUGAAGGAAUUGGGAUGUUUUCCUGAUGAAAUAACAUAUAGAACCCUGAUUGAUGGAUAUUGUAAAGCUGGAAAUGUUGAAGAGGCUUUCAAGGUUAAAGAUGUAAUGGAAAAGGAAAAAAUUGCUUCAUCCAUAGAAUCGUAUAAUUCUCUUAUAACUGGAGUUUUUAAGUCUGGCAAGAUUAAUAAAGUGAAGGAUCUUCUUACCGAGAUGGAAACACAGGGAUUAUCCCCUAACGUUGUUACUUAUGGAGCGCUUAUUUCUGGCUGGUGCGAUCAAGGAUUGCUGGAUAAGGGUUUCAGUGCAUUUUUUGAGAUGACUAAUAAGGGCUUGGUCCCCAAUUUAAUUAUUUGCAGCAAAAUUGUUAGUAGCCUUUACAGUCUUGGUAGGUUUGAUGAAGCAAACUUACUGUUGCAGAAGAUGUUGGAUUUUGAUCUCUCGGAUCAUGGGUGUUUUAACAGGUUAUUCAAGGGCGACAUUAGAUAUCUAGAAAUUCAGAAGAUUGCAGACUCCCUUGAUGAAAGUGCUAGUAAAUUGUCUCUGCCCAAUAAUGUGGUGUACAAUAUAGCUAUAGCAGGGAUGUGCAAGUCUGGGAAGGUUGUUGAUGCAAGGAGAGUUUUCACAGCUUUGUUGAUUAGAGGUUUUAGUCCAGAUAACUUCACAUACUGUUCCCUAAUCCAUGGCUAUUCAGCCGCUGGUAAUGUCGCUGAAGCUUUUAGCAUACGAGACCAGAUGCUGAAAAGGGGUGUUGUUCCAAACAUUGCAACAUAUAAUGCCUUAAUGAAUGGCCUAUGCAAAUCAGGAAAUCUGGAUCGUGCACAAAAGCUUUUCCAUAAACUUCCCUCGAAGGGGGUAACCCCAAAUGUUAUUACGUACAAUACAUUGAUUGACGGCUACUGCAAAAGCGGUAAUACUAGUGAAGCACUAAAUUUGAUGCACAAAAUGACAAGAGAAGGUAUUUUGCCUUCGGUUGUUACCUACUCUACCUUGAUUAAAGGCCUUCGGGAGGAAGGAAAGAUGGAAGAUGCUAUAAAGCUUUUGGAUCAGAUGACCAAGACAGGUGUCAUUCAGGGUGACAUGAAUUGUACAGAUGUAAAGAGUGUUACCGGUUUUCUUAGUAUGACGACUGGCCCUACCUUUUCUGGUUUCACUUCUCAUAAAGAACUCGGCUCUACGGGGUUGAUAGAUAUUAAACAAGAGUCUGAUUCAUAUAUCAUAUCUGAAGCUGUCUGUUGAAGAAUGCACAUCAAAUUAGAAGUUUUAUCGUGGGAAAUUUUCAAGUUUGGCCAAUGCCUCGCUUUCUUGAAUGUGCACAGUUAGCUUUUAUGUGCGUUUUGGUCUCUAGUCUAUGAGGACAAUAUUUUUUGUUGUCUUCUAGAGAGUCCAGGUAAUGUGCAUUUCAUAUGCUAACUUCUUUUUUAAGGAAAAAAAAAUUCAACAGCUGAAUCAUGAAUUGCUUAAAGAGGUGACUGUAAACUCUGCAACAGUUAAAUACACACACUUUCUUUUGGCAACAGCCUCUGGGAAGUUUGAAGGAGUAAAAGGCACUGGUAAAAUUGCAACUCCUUUUGAAAGAACAAAAGUUGCAGCCUACACACUUGGAGCCAUGACACCUUGCAUGAGGCUAUAUGCCUUCAUGGGUAAAAAGUUCCAGACUCUCUUAGAUCCUGCGGAAGGCUAUCAUCCUUAAAGGAAGUGGAUUGAGAAUUAUUCAUCAGAAAGUUUUCAGUCUUGGAGGAAAAUACUUUACAUAAAUGACCAACUUUAUUCCAACAGCUCAACUAUUCUAUCAUUUGAAUUUAGGCAUCAGUUCUGCAAACCGAAGACUUGCUGGAUAAACUUAGCGUCUCCUUGACAGGGGAAGAACUUGACAUCAUCGAGAAGCUGUAUUACCAGGCCAUGAAGCUGUAUUCUAGUUAGGACAAAAUGAAGGAAUCAAGUUCAUGUACAAUUGAACACAAGGAUACAAGUUGGUGGCUAAUUUUAUUAGGGACCACUUAUAUAUGCUGCAGUAUUUCCCUUUUUGUUCCCCCUUGUAAUAUCACACUAUUGGCCAGAUAAUUCUGUGAUUAGGAUAUACAACUCCCCCCCCCCCCCCCCCCUCGUUUUGUCUUUUACUCCUUGCCUUGUAGUUUUUAUUGUUGUCUAUUACUAUUAUUAAUUCUAGUCACUUGUAUGUUCUGUUGUCUUUCUCCAGGCUUGAAGGGAUUCAGCGGCAUGAUUAUUAUUGGAAAGGACUUAGUGUUGAGACACCAUUUUGUUUUGGUGAUUUAAUUGCUUUGAAUUCUAAGUGCUACCAUCUGCUUUUUCGUAUAUUGUUGCUGUUCAAUAUUUUGACAGGGAUGGCAUUUUGGAGAAGAAAUAUAUGUAUAUUUUAUGGUAACUUAAAACAGGCUUAAUUUUUCUGCU